UGAAUGAGUAAAUCAGAAGCAGAAGCAAAAGCAUAAGCAAAAAUCUACUAAAAUGGCUCCGAUGAGUUUAUCAUUCCCUUUGAGCGUUGUGGUGAUCUCAAUGGUGGUGGUGGUGUGCAUGCACAAAGUUGAGUGUGUGGAGUUGAAUGUUGGAGGAGAUGAUGGAUGGGUCACUCCUUCAUCCAAGAAUCAACUCUUGUACAAUGAUUGGGCUUCCAAAAAUAGGUUCAACGUCAACGACACCCUAAAGUUUGUUUACAAGAAGGACUCGGUGAUGGUGGUGACAGAGGAGGAAUAUGAGAAAUGCCGGUCGUCGCACCCCUUCUUCUUCGCCAACAACGGUGACACUGCUUUCGCUCUAGAGCGGCCUGGCCUGUACUAUUUCAUGAGCGGCGUCUCGACCCACUGCCAGAGGGGUCUCAAGAUGAUAGUCAAGGUCUUGGAGCCGGACUCUCCGCCGCCUCCGCCUAUGGAAAGCGCCGCCGCCGCCCUCCUUCCUGCGGCUUUGCUUCUUGGACUUUUCAUGUCUUUGUUGUUUUAGUAUGACUUCAAUGAUCACCUUAUUAGAGCUGUAGGCGUAGGGCAAGUCUUCUUUUUCUAGAUUAUUUCUCACAUUGAUUAUGGUUUGCUUCUUGGGAUUGGAUUAUAAUUUGUUAUUCCU